GCAACCGAAAGCCGAGUCUGGUCAGUCGAAAAGCGAACUUUGAACAAAACGGACGUUGGAAAGGGUUUCCAUCUAUCAACAUCUAUCCCCGUGUUUUCGUUUUGUUUUUGCCGGCAUUUUGGCAAGUAGUGAAAUAAACGAAGCAAACCAACAAGGAAAACAUAAAACAAAUUAAGCAAAUAAUAGUGACCGAAAAGGGAGAACCGGUUGCAAAUCAAGUGGCAAAUAAAACACGUCAUUUGUUCGUUUGUCGAUCCAGCAGCAACAGCACCAGCAGCAAGUUUGGGCUCAAGGACGUCGCCGGAGCAGCGGUAUCGUAUCGGAUCGAAGGAGCAGCAGUUCCAGCAGCAGGGAGCAGGAGAAGCAGGAGGAGCAAGGCGGAGCAACCAGCACCAGAACCAUGUCGGAGCGCAGGAGUCACAUACAGAUGGCGCCGCCACCGCCGCCCCCCAAGCCAAACAAAUCGCAGACAGCCAAUGGAAAUGGAAAUGGGAACGGCACAGGCAUUGGAACUGGCAUUGGCAACGGAACCCUGCCGAAUGGCAAUAAAAACUAUAACAAAAUUGUCGCAGGCCAAGACCAGGAGCCGCUGGCUCAGAACUCGAGCGGCGUUCGAAGGAGCCAGUCGCCACCACGCACAGAACAGGUCGUGAUGACGCCACGCGGUAAAACGGCCAAUAGCACGGUGAUCCUCAUCGAGCGCAAGCUGGUCGAUGAGAUCAAUGAUCGCGUCCAUGUCGCCGGCGGCGAUCACACGGGCAUCAUCAUCAACAAGGACACGGUCGCCGGGCAGAAGAGCGCCAGCAAGGCGGCAGCGCUCUCGCUGGAGUUCCGCGUCUUCCUGGUCAGCGCCAAUACGGGCAAGCAUUCGCAGGAGUCGCGCACCCUGCGCUUCUGGUUCCGCGACUGGCUGACCAACGAGGAGAAGCAGGCCCACAUCGCCCAGGACUUCUUCAAGGAGCUGGUCAGUCCGCAGGACUUUCCCAGAGACUACGUGGGCUUCAUCAAGAAGAUAAUGAAGCUCCUGCAGCACGGAUACACGGAGAUCCAGUCGAUCGAGAUUGAACUGCGCAUCCUGGAGGAGACCUCCGCACCUCCCUCGCGACCACCCCGGGAUGGGUACAUCAUCUACUGCUACGGCGACUGCAACCGAAAGUUCGAGGAGGCGCUGAUGGCGCAGCGGAAGACAGUUUCCCUCGAGGAAUCGCAGUUCGAAUCUCCGCCGUUGACCCAGGAGAAGGUGCUGGAGCUUAUCGAGCAGGCAUACCCCAAUCCCGUGUCCCCCGAGGAUCUGGCCAAGGACUAUGGCUGGAGCGAGCAGGAUGUGCUGCUGGUGAUCAAGUCGCUGCAGGAGCGCGGUCUGAUCAAGUCGAUGGAGUACAACGCGUACACCCGCAUCCACCACGAGGAUAAGGAGAUUAAGGUGGUCAAGCAGAUGCCCACGAUCGCCUCCAACAAGCAGCCCACCAUUGCCAUCAUCACGGCGCAGUAUUGCGAGAAGCUCGCCGUGGACGCGAUGCUCGAGAACAAGGAGACAUUCGUCCGAUACACCACAGUCGAUUCCGAUCCCAAUCUAACGAACUCACUCAGAAAGUCCAAAAAGAAACGAAGAUUCGGCGAAUCGAAUGUGUAUACCCUGGGCAACAUCGGGGCGCACAGGAUCGUGAGCACCAAGCUCCCGUCGGUGGGCAGCAAUCGGGAGGCGAUGACGGCGACGGGCAAUACCACCACCCGUCUGCUGGGCACAUUCCAGAAGGUCGACUUUGUCUUCAUCGUGGGCGUAGCCGGUGGCGUUCCCCACUACACGGACUACAAGAAGCACGUGCGACUGGGCGAUGUCGUCAUCUCGUAUGUGGACAAGCAGCGGGCACUGAUCAGCAAUAGCAAGGAGAAGCCGUACGUGUACUUGUACAAGAGCGGCGAGGACGUGAAGACCUACUUCCCGGUGAACGAUUCGCUGCAGCAGAUCGCCGAGAGCCUGCAGGCCAACAUGCAGGUGAAGCGGCCGUGGGAGGACUACCUGAACCAGGCCCAGCAGGCGCUGGCCCAGAAGACGGAUGCCGACUUCAACCGGCCGGACGCGCGGACGGACAAACUGUUCAUGAACAUUGGAAACAACGAGGUGAUCGAGGUGGCCCACCCCAUUGCCGCCGACGAGGUGGACGGUGUGAAUCGGCUGCGACUCCAUCUGGGUCCCAUUGGAUCCGGUAGGGAUCUGGUGAGGAGCGACGAGCUGCGCACCCAGUUCGCCAGGAAGUACGGCCUACUAGCCACCGAUGUGGAGAUGAGCAGCGUGCUGGACAGCAUCAUUGGCAACUGCAGAGAGAGCUUUAUACUGGUGAAGGGCAUCGCUGACUACAAGGACGGCACGUCCACCAGGAAGUGGCAGAACUUCGCUGCCAUUUCGGCGGCGUCGGUGGUCAAGUCGGUUAUCUGCGGCAUGGACGCGCCCACGAAUGUAUAGGAGGCGGGGCUUCGAAUCCCCUAUUACCUCCAUUCCCUCCCCCUCCCCUCUCCCAGCAGUCCUAGCAUUUGAUUUGCCUCCAAUUUUCGUACCAAUCCCGCUGCGGCGCCCCACUAUUCGUAAACCAAAAUGUGCAUAGAUUGCAUCAUAUAUAAUGUAUGUUCGCGUAAUAUUGUAUUAAAUGAUUUCUUGUUAUUUAUUUUGUUAUAACUUUUGUACUACAAUCAAUCUAAUUUACACACAAACACUUGACGUAUAUAAACACAUAUAUACAGCAGUAAAUAAAUAUCGCAACUAAGCUUGCAAACACUAAGAAUA